CAUCAGGGGUGGUGGGGGCGCGCGGCCGGUGCGCGAGGACGGAGCAAUGCGUUCAGGUUCUGGAAACUGCUGUUGAGUGCACGCACGUACCGGACGCCUUGAGGAAGCUUUUUCGCUUGCCCUCAAGCUCAGAAUGUAAACGCUGCGGGGUUUGCUAGUCCCGUGCUGCUCGGUGAACUGCUGUCCAGCCGACCGUGUGUCACCAUGUGGACGUGGCUGCUGCACAUUGGUGCCAUCGUCACGGUCGUCGCACCAGCUGCUGACGGCCUACAGCUGUAUAAGGUGCGCAUCCCGACCCACGUCAAGCACGGCGAAGACGUGAACCUGGCCUGCCUGUACGACCUGGAGGGCAAGGACCUCUACUCCAUCAAGUGGUACAAGGACGGAAAGGAGUUUUAUAGAUACGAGCCAACCACGGGACAGCCAAAGAAGAGCUUCCCGCAACCGGGCAUCAAGGUCAAUCUGGCCGCCUCGAACGAGACGCACGUGCGGCUGGAGCAGACCACUCUACGCUACUCGGGCCGCUACAUGUGCGAGAUCUCCACCGAGGCGCCCAACUUCGCCACCGAGCAGGGCAAGGGACAAGUGCACGUCGUAGCGUUCCCAGCCGCCGGCCCGGCCAUCACCGGCGGCAAGACCCGCUACCAGGUGGGCGACCGGGUCAAGGUCAACUGCACCUCGCACAGGAGCAUGCCUGCCGCCAAUCUGACCUGGUUCAUCAACAACGAGGAGGCGGCGCUGGAGCACCUGAAGCUGUGGCCGCCCACCAUCCACGAGGACGGCCUGGAGUCGGUGACGGCCGGCCUCCAUUUCCGGGUGCGGCCACACCACUUCCAGCGCGGCAACAUCAAGCUCAAGUGCACGGCGCAGAUCGACCUGGUGCAGCCGCUGUACUGGCAGAGCCGCGAGGCCAGCGCCGUCGGCGACCGGCCGCCAGAGGUGUCGCACGUGCUCGACAGCACCGCCACCAACCGGAAAAGUUCGGGCUGCCCGCUGUGCCACGAGAUCGCCAACUGGGUGAUCCUGGUGGUGAGCGUAAUCCUGUCCCGAUGAGGCGCCGCUGCCAGCGCAGCCCGACCGGCGGCG